GUGGCUGACAUUUCAUUAACCUCGCCCGGGGCCCCGUUCGAAAUGUCGGUAUUUUAUCGUCAAAUAUCUCGACUUUUAACUGAAAGACGUUUCCGAUAUUGUUUUCAUCCUCGAAUUCAUUCUUUCCGGGCUUUAUCACAGACUGUCGCUGAGCAGUCUUUUUCAGCGGACGAUGAAAACGUCCAAAAGUACUUGGAAGGUCUGCGCCGAGAGUUCUACAACCUGAAAACUAUGGGAGCCGGCUUGCAGCCAAGCGACCUUCGCAGGAUCCGUCAGCUCUCAGAGGUUGUCUCGGCGUUUGAGCAACGGAUGUGUGUCCUGCAAAACAUGAGCUCGUUGAAAGACAUGGAAAAUGAAAAGGAUGCUGAUAUGAAGGAGUUGAUUAAGGAAGAAAAAGAGGUGUAUCAAAACCUACUCACUAACUUGAACAAGGGAAUAAUGAAGCAGUUGCUGGGCUUGGACAACAGUGAAUCCUACUCGUCGCUUUUCUUCGAGAUAACGGCCGGUGUCGGCGGCCAGGAAGCGAUGCUGUUCGCCGGUGACCUUCUGGAGAUGUACACGAACUACUUCGACUACAAAGGAUGGAAUUAUGAAGUGAUUCACGCGGACAGCUCAGAAAUUGGAGGAUUGCGGCAUGCAACUGUUUUGAUUGAAGAUGAAAAUGCGUACCAAACUCUAGUGCACGAGGGCGGUGUGCAUCGCGUGCAGCGGGUCCCAGCCACUGAGAAGUCUGGGCGAAUUCACACCAGCACAGUAACAGUCGCAAUAAUCCCGCGACCAGACGACGUCGACGCAGUAAUAAAUGAAAAGGAUUUGAGGAUCGAAACGAAAAGAGCCAGUGGAGCUGGUGGCCAACAUGUGAACACGACCGAUAGCGCAGUCCGAAUUGUUCACAUUCCAACGGGGACAGUCGUGGAAUGCCAAACAGACCGCUCCCAAGUGAAAAAUAGAGAAAUUGCGUUAAAGAAACUCCAAACGAAGCUCAUAGAGCAGAAAUUGCAGGCUCAGGAGGAUUCGAAAAUUGCUACGCGUAAGGCCCAAGUCGGGUCCAGCAACAGAAAUGAGAAAAUUCGCACCUACAAUUUCAUACAAGACCGGAUUACGGACCACCGGAUAAAAGGCGGUACCUUGCAUAACUUGAAAGGCUUUUUGGAGGGAGGAGAGCCUCUGGAUACCCUCAUAAACCAGCUCGUGAUCGCGAACCGGAAGGCCAACCUACUUCAAAUGAUAAACAGCACGUCAGGCGGCGCUUCAUAAGAUUAAAAACUCCAUAGUUA